AUGGAUCACAGUCGGUUGCGUGCCGAUUUUAACGACGAGCUCGCGGUCGAUGAGGCGAUUGCGGCCCACACCGACUGGGGCGCCGGCGGACCACCCUCGGCAAAGAUUUAUCGGACCUCGAAAGCUUGUGCCCAAUGCCGCGGUCGCAAGCAGAAGUGCUCGGGGCCUGGCGGUGGCAGCAGCGCCGGCGCCUCGGCAUCGGCACCGGAGGACCAAGCCCGGCAACCCUGUCGGCGAUGCGCCCACUCGGGUGUUCAAUGCUCCUUCACCACAGCUACCAAUGAGCAAGGGUUCAAUGACGUGGAUGCCGCUAGCCGAAGCGCUCGCAAAGUUGACCGGCUCCAAAAGCAGGUCAAUGAGCAGGCCAGCCGCAUCAGCCAGCUGGAAGCGACCGUGAGCAACCUCAAUGCUGCCGUCGCUGUCGUCUCCCGAGUGAACAGAACUCCAGAUUCGGGUCUCGAUGGUCUGCACGUCGCAAACCCGCCGGGCCCAUCGCCGCAGGGCACGAAGAGAUGGCACGAUAGAGCCAGCGCGACAGCGACAUCCCCCCUUUCCAAGCGAGCAAAGAUCCGCAAUGAUGAGAUAUUCGCCAGCGGGCCCGCGUUGUUCCAAAAUCCUAGUCCGGGGCGCCGAAGCGAUGCUCACGGCUCUGUGGACUUCAGCACUCCCAUGUCUAUGCUCCGCCACUUGCGCCACGACAUCCACGACAUGAGCGUGGAGAACGAGGCCUUGGAUCCGAUAAUCUGUGGCGUCAUGACGAUGGAGCAAGCCCAAGAAACCUUCGAUACCUUCUUCGAUCACUGUCACAAAUGGGCACCGGUGCUAUGCCCACAAACCCAGACCUCUGCGGCCAUCAUCAGGCAGUCCUGCCCGGCGCUAUUCAUAUCCGUCUGUUGUAUCGGAUACCGCUUCACCAGUACGUCUACAACCGAGACGCAACGUCGUUACAUGGCUCUCAUCUCACUGUUGGACCACUCCCUAAGCCGUCUUCUCUUGAAACCAAACUUGGACGAUGUAAAUCUGGAUCACAUUCGCGCAAUACUGCUGUAUAUACAAUGGAUGCCCGUCGACAAUAUUGGCAAUUCUAGUAGAUCUAUCAGGUACAACGCCAUCUCCGCAUGGAGCAUGCUGGGUCUGGCCAUUCGGUAUGCCCUUUUCCUCGGAUUACACCAAGAUGCAGUGCUCCCUUUCAAGUCAGACAACAACGAACUCCCGACACUGGAAGAUGUCGGUCGGCUACGUGUGUGGAUAAAUCUGCUUACCUGCGAUGCCGCCUUGACGCUUUCAAGCGGUCUCCCGGCGACGUUAAACCCGGAUCCGGUGGUGGCCGUUGCUGGCCGCUUCAGGUCAAACGACAACGCUAUUCAUCCCGAUGACACAAGGAGCUCAGCAACGUGCGAACUUGUGUCUAUUCUUAAACGAGCCGCACGAAGAAGCGGAAGCCCCAAUGCGCGCUCAUUGGAUGCCGACUGCUUGCGACAGGUCAAUCUGGAGUUAGACACGUGGGAGACGGACUGGAAUCCCAUCAUCGGCGACCAAAUCCAGCACUACCAGAUGCCGUUUACGACUCUGCGAUCCUAUCGUCUUUCUAUCAACAGCGCAUGUCUAUCGCCACUCCUUCGGCCGUCGGGAGGCCAGGGCCAGAUAUCCAUCUACGUGCUCCAGGCGCUGGAGGUCAGUCUGCACACGGCGGCCUUGACUAUUUUCGCACUCGCAGAGCAAUCCAGACGCCGGUCUUGGGGACAUUAUAAAAGUAUCGAUUCAUUGCCUAGGGGCAGAUACACUGCCGACAUUGAGGCAAUCAACCGCAUCAAAUACUCGGUGGACUCAACGUGGAUCUCCUACAGCUUCGCGACUAUGUUCCUUGUCUUAUGCUACAAGAAUGGAAUCAUCGAUGAAAACUUGAAGAUCUUGGCCUUAUGCUAUUCCACCGCGGACGUGGUAACCUUUCCUCGGCGACAAGCGCCAUCCUCGCUUCUCUUCCGGUUGGUGUCAUUGGCGAUGCAGAUAUUUGACGUCGCAAGUACAAACCUCCUGGCACAUCUUGCCUUGGAUCAGAAAUUGCUCCUCUCAGGUUUUUUUGCCGUCGUCCUGGGAGAUUUGGACACGGAUGACGGAAUUCCAUCCGAGAUGCCAGCCAUGGCGUCAUAUUCGGAUCGGGAGGUGGAAGCCCUCUUCAAUUCAAUGGUGAAUGGCAUGGAUUUGGGCUGGUACGCUGGCUGA